AUGGUCCAAACUCGUAACGGGCUUAUAUGCCUUACUUGUUCUAAGGAUGAUGACAUAGCUGCGACUGACAUCUUUCUUUGGAACCCUUCAAUUAGAAGGUAUGUGGUGUUGCCUAGGCCUAAUUUUAUUGUAUAUCUAAAAAAUUAUUAUAACAUUGUUCGUCACUACUUUGGCUAUGAUUCUCACACCAACGACUAUAAGGUUUUGAGAUGUGUGAGUAAUCAUUCUACCCUAGUUGCGGUUGAGAUUUACUCCUUAGCCAGGGGCUCCUGGAAAACCCUUACCGCGUCAGCUCCUGCAUAUUUUGGGUUGGGCGCUGCUACAUGGCCUUUCUUUUACUGGACUGUUGUCAAUGAUGCGCUGCAUUGGGUUCGAGUCCGUGAAAGAAGAGGGAAGGACCUUGUCAUUGUGUCCUUUGAUAUAAGCACUGAAUUAUUUGGCGAGAUAAUGAUGCCUCAAGGUGUGAGAAAAAUAGACUAUCCAUACGUGGACUGCAACAUAUGGAUUUCAAAACAUAAGGGGUCCGUUGCCCUGCUCGAGUGUAGCAAUAUGUUCAUCGAAAGUUCUGAGACUCAAUUUCACUUGUGGGUCAUGGAAGAGUAUGGUGUGGUGGAAUCCUGGACCAAAUUGUAUACUUAUUCUAUGGCAGAGUAUUUUUUAUUCUCUCUUGGUUUUAACAUCAGUCACGAACAUGUGUUUAUGCCUGAUAUCCGUAAAACUCUACCUCCACCUCCACUGAAGAGCCUUGGCAAUGGGGAGAGCCAGAAAACUCAUCGAGGGGACAUAAUGGAUUUUUUUGUAGAGAGCCUUGUCUUACUUGGCCACCCCAAUGCCAUUUCCUACUAG